AUGGGUAUCGAACAGCUGGGCUACAGUGUGUUCUUUAUUGUGUUGACCAGCGCGAUUGCGGCGAUCGCUCGACGGCUGAACGAAAAGUUGUCCAAAGAUGGUCUAGUGAAGGAGCUGAUCUGUGAGGCCAUUGCCGCGGCCGAACUGUGCGGGUGUUGCUUUGAGCUGAUCAUCGUGGCCGAUAACUUCGGAGUGGCGACCUAUGCUGUAUUUUUGUUCACACUUACCAUCUGGUGGGGAAUGCAGUGGGGCAAUGCAACCGCCUGUCCGUACACGUACAUGGAGCAAAUUGUGCAAGGUGAGGUUAACUUCAAAGAGGCCGCUUUGAAAAUAUGGGCCCAGCUCAUGGGCGGAUGCUGCGUGUUCCGUUAUGUACAGCUGUACUGGUGGCUUGAGCUGGCUGAAACUCACGAAGGUAGAGCUUUCGAGGAGUGUUCUGCGGAUCUGAAGGUAAAUCUCUACCUCGGGGCCUUUAUCGAGGGAUUCGCCACACUAUGCUGUCGACUGGCGUCAAAAGUUAUUUCCGAAAAGGAUGCCAAAUUCGGUGCGUUCAUUGACUCUUUCGUCGGUACCAGCCUGGUCGUUGCAGCUUUUAACUACUCCGGAGGUUACUUCAACCCGGUUCUGGCAACCGCCCUGAAAUGGGGAUGUGCCGGCAAUUCCGCCUUGGAGCACAUCAUCGUUUAUUGGAUUGGCUCAUGUGCCGGUGCCGUUCUCUCGGUACCAUUUUUCAAAUCAUCAACCUUCCGUAAUUUGUUCCUCACGGAGAAGGUUAAAUCUGAGUAA